AUGGACAGUAUACCUUUUCCUUCUUGUUUUCAUAACCGUGUCCAUAAAUCUGCGAGUCGCUUUGGAUUUUUUUCACCAUUUACGAAUGAUUUGGGAGAGGCUUUUGUGUCGCGUUUAGGGUUGUAUGCAGGGUGGAAUAUUUAUAGCAUGAAAAAAAAAAUGGGAAGAAAAAUAAUUUGGCUGGGGACGAUAAUUGUAGCAAGAGAGUCGCUCAGCAAUGGAAUAAGAAGAUUGAGGAAGACGGGGGUCUGGUUGAGUAAGGGAGAGGAGGGGGGAAGAAGGGAGCAGAAGUGGGAAGGAGACAGAAGAAGAGACGCUGUUUUGUUUUUCUUCUCGUUUUUGUAG